UUUCAUUUCAUUUCACUCUUCGUUUAAAUAAAUUUAUGGAAUUCCCAUAAGUUAAUGUAAAGUAAAAUGAAUCUCUGGCGGUGCUAUUUGUUAUAGAACUUUGCUACGUCCCAUCGAAUAGUCAAAAUCAACAAUACUAUAAGCAGAUUUUGUCGAAUCCCAGUAUCGCUUUGAUAUAUGCUGGAGCUGGACAUUCAUUUAUAAUCAAAUCAUUUAUCCAAUUGCAAUUGUAGUCAAACUUUCUGAUCACAGCGAUUAUUAAAAUAAAUACCAAUUAGUUUGCAUUAAUUGCAUUGCGAUAUAAGAUGUCCAUCUUUAAGUACUAACAAAUAAGUACUUAGGUAUUUCUGACAUAUUUAUUAGAGUCUAAUUAGACGAUAUUCGUGAUUUGUCCAGCAAACCAUCGUCGAUAUAAUACGGACCGUAUUAUAUCGACGACGGCAAAAAUUCGUGGCUCCUAACUUUCUAAUAAACGGAACGGAAUAACACGCAGUGAAUAUAUAUCACAAUGACUCGAACGUCGCAGCCAUCCAGAAAUGUGGCGAUAAAGAGAACUAAUGCCUCACAAGCGUCUGCCUUUCAACACAGGAAUGCAGCUUCAGGUUCUGGCCGGAUAUCUCCCAGCUUUCGGGACAUGAGCCAGAGGUCAAACGUCCUUGAAACGUCAUCUGAAUCGGAUUAUGAAGUAUUAACUCAAGCAGAAAUUCACCGACGACAAAGGCUUCGAGUUCGAGGCGAUCAAAUACAAACGACAAGGGCAGGAGACUUGUCACCAGGUAAUCUCAGAGCUCGAAAAAGUGAAAAUAAAGGAGUCCCAAAACCAAAGAAGCGUAAAGAACGUUACAGGCCGGGUGUUCUGGCAUUAAAAGAGAUACAAAAGUAUCAGAAAUCAACUGAGCUCUUGAUACCAAAGCUUUCGUUCCAGCGACUUGUGCGAGAGAUAACACAAGACUUCAUGAUCGAUUUCCGAUUUCAAGCAGCCGCUCUUGGUGCCUUACAGGAAGCUUCAGAGUGUUUCCUAGUGCAUAUGUUUGAGGACAGCAAUCUUUGUGCAAUACAUGAUAGGAGAGUCACCGUUAUGUUAAGGGACCUGGAUUUGGCAAAACGCAUUGGUGGCCGAAAAAGGUUAUUAUAAAUAUAAACACCGAUAAAACUAUCGUAUGGUAUGAUACUAUUACGGUUGUUUGAAAUGAAGUUCAGCGUCAUAUUACUUUGUCUUAUAAUAAAAAUAGCGAUAAUAGUUAUUUCAAUCAAUGGAUAAUGUGCGUAUUCAUAAAUAUGAUUUUUUUUACUAAUUUAGGUUUUUAGUACACUAUAUUUUUACCAGUCGUAUCAUGAUUAGUAUAUGUUUAUGAAUUUUUAUAGUCUCUCUAAAAAUAUGCAAAUAUAUGGAAAAUAUGUCAAUAAUAACUAUGUACCUGGGGGUAAAUUGUUGUAACCUUUGUUGUUUCUGCAUGCCUUUUCAAUGAACUGGUCAGAAAAUACAUGUUUUUAAUAUAUUGAUA